AAAGUGGAUCCAAAGACUGUUUGUACGGAGCAUUCAACGCGUGGCGCGAACAGAAACGCCGAAUUUGUGCUGAAUUCUUCUUUUCUUUCGUCGGUCGGUCGCCCGUCGUGUUGCCUGUUCCGAAUCUUUGGGGCUUUUUGCAUAAAACCAAAAAAAGCGCGCUUGACUUGGCGCCGAAAUAUUAGUUGGUGUUCGCUGCGAGAUUUAAUAAGUGCAGAGCGACGGUAAUCGGUAAUUAAUUUGCAUUCAUCCAAAAAAAUUAUCGCAAAAAAAAGCGGGAAAGAAGAAGAAGUAGAAGCCCAAAGCAAAGUUGAAGUUGACAUUGAAGUCGGAGCGCGUGUGUGCGUGCACGAGUGUGUUGGUGUGCUGGUGUGUGCGAAAUUCUUUGUGUUAUUCUCUGCAAAAAGCCAAAAGUGUGAAAUAAAUUUAAAGGCAGAAUCCAAGUGCAGAUCUCAAACACUAGACUGCUGCUUCGUGCCAAUUCAAUGCUUUGUUAAAAAUCAAUAAAAUGCUGUAAUUGUUGCUGUCGCAAUUUCCGUCAACAAGCCGGAGGGUCGCUCUCUUUCCUUUUAUCUCUCUCGCGCAGUGUUCUCUCUCUCACUUGUCGCUGGCCUUAUCGUGUUUUGCUUGUAGUUUUUAUCGUGUCCCGCAUUGGAGAUUGGAGUGACUUUUAAUAAUACAAUUUAUCGCCUUUUUUCGGUUCACGCAAAAAGGAAGAGAUUUUCAGCUUAAAGGGAGAAAACGAGGCUGCACCCUUUGCUGGACGGACGAGUAACUAACUAAUCGCAACCACCACAACAAUUAGACGCUCAGACUACACACAGUAAACCAUCCAAAAUGGUCGACUACUAUCAGGUUCUCGAUGUGGCGCGUACAGCCACCGACGGUGAAGUGAAAAAGGCUUAUCGAAAAUUAGCACUAAAAUGGCAUCCGGACAAGAAUCCGGACAAUCUGGAUGAGGCCAACAAACGUUUUCGCGAGCUUUCCGAGGCCUACGAAGUGCUAUCCGAUGAGAAGAAACGUCGCAUCUAUGACGAGUACGGCAAGGAUGGUCUGGGCGAACGCGGCCAAAGCCGCAACUCUCAUGCCCGUCAUCAUUACAGCACUCACGACUAUGACGACUUUGAUAUUAUGGGCGGAUUUCCGUUCGUGUUCCGACCACCAGAGGAGGUCUUCCGCGAGUUCUUUGGCGUAAAUUCGCCCUUUGCCGACUUUUUCAGAGAUGCUAAUGGAUACACAAAUGGGACAAUGAGCGGCGGCGGCGGUGGCUCGGGCAGCAGUCGACGUCAUGGCUCCAGUGCUGCAGGAUUUGGAGGAGGAUCGCGCCAUCAUCACCAUCACCAGCACAAAAUGGCCAGCCCAUUUGGGGCGCCCAUGCUCAACUACUCAAUGAUGGAUUUUUGUAUGCCUACCAGCGGUUUCACCUCGUUCACGUCAAUGACAGCUGGCAAUGGCAGCAGUGGCGUUACCCACAUCUCUGGUGGCCCUAAUGCUGCCGUCAAGCGCACCUCCACAUCGACGGUGUUUGUCAAUGGCAAGAAGCUGAUGACCAAGCGGGUCGUUGAGAAUGGCAAGGAAACUGUCUUUUCAUAUGAAAACGAUGUCCUUAAAUCAAAGACUGUGAACGGAGUUUCCCAAAAGCUCUCUUCAAUAUCUAAUUAAUGCAAGAAACAAAUAUAUAACAUAUAUACAAGCAGCGGCAGCGGCAUCGGCAACGGCGGCGGCGCCACAGCAACAAUCAACAACAACAAAAAAGUCAUAAAUGUAAAGAAAAAGGAGAAAACAUUAACAAACACAAGAGGAACCUAUGAUUUCUUGAAUGCUUCGAUACGUUCAUGAUACGUUCAUUAAUUUUGUUCUACAUUAGAAUCUAGUUAUUUUUUAGUGGAAAGAACAGCAGUAGCAGAAACAGCGGCGUAUAAUCAGCAAUAGCCGAAGCACACCAUAAGCAACAGAGGAGAAAGGACCGAGAAAACAUAAGCAGAAACCGAUUUUAGAAUCAGAAGCAACGGCCAGGAGUCGAACCAAAAUUCCUUGUCAAUGCCAGUUAUCUUUUGCAGCACUUUGAUUCGAAAACUUGCCACAUAAUCCAAAUUUUAAUGUUUUGUGGUGCGUUGUUUCGAGACACAAUGCCAGAAAAUAAAACAAAAGCUCCAAAAUGACUAGAGCAGCUACUUAAACAGAGAA